AUGCUUGUUGUUGUUCUGCAGGGCCUGGCAGGAUUUUUAUCAAUCAUCGCCAUUCUAUACCAGAAGCGUUAUAAUAAACUUCAUAGAUCUAUUUAUGGUCUUUCAUACGACUUAUAUUUGCUAGAUUUUGUUGGUAAUGGUCUUUAUUUGUAUUGCGCGUUGCACUAUUGUUAUUCAUCUCUGGUGAGGGAGCAACUGUCCCAAAGAUUCCCACUUUUUUAUCCGUUGAAUGAAGCCCGUAGUAUACCCAUAUCCAGCCUCCUCAUCCUAAAGGAUUUUUGCGUUUUCUUUUGUUGCUUGAUGCUUUUGAGGCAGUUAUAUUAUUAUAGGUCAACUAAACAUAUCUACCAGGGCAUUUCCAUUACUUCCAUAAUAUUUAUAGGUGUCUUCCUUGUAUUAGGCAUAUUUACAUAUGGAUGUUCCAUUUCCAAUUUACCAUUGAAGAAUUCAGGUAAAUUUGGUGUUUUUUAUCUGGACCACAUAAAUUAUCUAUGGGUAAUGGCAAACCUGCUUAAAUGUUUUAAGUAUGUUCCUCAAAUGAGUAUUAACUGGAUGGGAUGCUCAACAGUAGGACUAUCAUCAAAGUUUGUAUUAAUAUCAUUUUUGGCUGAAUUUAUCGAUUUGGUAGGAAGACUACUAAUACCGACCAGUGUAUUGUUCUAUGAAAUCCCAUUUAAUUCAACGCCAUUUUGGGUAAAAUUGAUACAAUUUGUCACCUUAUCGGUUAUACUUUGCCAAGUUCAGUAUGUUUACGUAGGACGGAAACCACGAUUGCCAAAAGGGAAACUAUAA